GAGUUGGUUGUGUUAUCGACAAACAGCUGCUGCCACCAUGCCCAUAAAUCUCCCGGCAAACAGGAAGCAAGAAGUAGGACAGUUUUCACACCAACAGAUGGGAAGCUGCGACGGCUUGUCAUCGUCUCCAAACAGAGGAGGGUACGUCAGCUGGAGCGUGGACUCUGGAGAGUCCCGGCAACCUUCAACCGGACCUCCACCAGGCACAGGAGAAAAAGAGGCUUUUUCUAACCAGAACCAGGAGCCGACCAAUUCAGGUUGCGUCCCAUCUCUGGUUCGGUCAACACAAGAACCCAGUGGAGAAGAAACAAAUACGGCGUUCGACCUUCCGUACCCACGGAAACAGCUCACAAGGAGGAAAUGCACCAAAACCUCCAAAAAUUCCAGACAAAUCCCAGGGAACAGCAAGCUCAGAGACCAUGAUAGGAACUCCAAACUUCCACGAGACGCUAUGGAAAACGAGGAGGAACCUUCCCAUUCCAAGGAUGAAAACGUUACCCUACACAGGAGCAGUCCAGUCAUCUCCAGACGCAGCAAGCCCAUCUCCUGGCAGGAAAAGGCAACCAGUCCGUCUAAUUCAUUAAGCAUGGACUCUUCCCCUCGUUCCCCCGGUUCACGUGACCAGCCUGAGUGUGUGACAUCUACCAGUAAGGAGGACGUGGAGCCCCGGCCGACUUCCUGUCACCAAUCGUUCGAAACCACGGUGGAGGAUAAGAAGCUGCGUGUUUCUCUAUCGUCAAGCCCGAUCAGCAUCCUGAGUAGCCAGGACCGAUCCAGUAGAAGCCCUCAACGAUCUGAGAAGGAGCACCGGGGAUGGAGCCUAAACAGCUGGAGUACCCCCAACAGGACAGGCCACUCCUCCUCAACGCCUCACAGCAAAGACAGAAGCUGCUCUGAACUCCUGGAUUUACCUCCAGACAUCUUUAAGACCAGCUGUGAGCUGGAAAAGGAGAACGCUCACUUGGUCGUGGUAGACAUGAUGCUGGAGGUUCUGGAAGGCGUCAAAUGGACCCUGAGCUUCGACUCCAUGAUGUAUAAACACUGCGUUGUGUGCACAAAGAGGCAGCCGAGCUCUGAGGGGCGCAGCCCGGCGCGCACUCACGGUUCCAACACUUGCGGCUGGACCGCUCCGCAGCGCAGGCCUCUGCCUGACGACACGAGGCCGCCACGGACGGACUGGGGCGCGGAUACACAGGAGCCACGGGUCAGUCACAAUGAACAUCAAACCAAGAGUCCGUCGAUCCUUUCUACUGACAGCGGGUUUGAAGACUGUGGGGUCGGCACAAUGCCACCAGAUUUGAUCAGAAACAGUGCAGAGUGUCUGGCCCAGCAGCUGGUGCUGGAGUUCAAAAGGAAGUGGCUUCCUUCCCACGUGCAUCGGCGAGGACGGCAGAGCCUCCGCAGUUCACUGCAAGAGUUACCAGGUACUGGGGGUGUGGAGGUAAAGACUGGGAGUUUAACGGAGGAGAUCCGACUCAGGACCAGGAUGAGAGGAUCCCUUAACUGGGCGCCGCCGAGCUCCCAGAUCAUUUUCUCUGUCCAGCCGCAACACAGACGGAGCGAGGUGGUAGCCUUACAACACUACCUGUGUGCGGGCUGCGGGACAGAGGUGGAGCCCAGAUACAUCAAGAAACUGCGGCACUGUGAAUAUCUGGGAAGAUAUUUCUGUGACUGUUGCCACAGUGGAUCAGAGGCUGUUAUUCCGGGUCGAGUUCUGUCCAACUGGGACUUUAGCAGGUACUCUGUGAGCGACUUCUCCAAGCAGCUGCUGGACUCGGUCUGGUCUCAGCCUCUGUUCGACCUCAGCUCUGUGGGAAAGGCUCUGUGGAGCAAAGUGAAAGACCUGGACAGGUUCAGGGAGCUGAGGGAGCAUCUGAUCGGAAUCAGGAAGCUGCUGAAAGCCUGCAGAUUAUCUGAAAGGAGUGAGACGAGUAUUCCCAAUCUGCAUGGGUUCGGGCUCGGCAAUAGCUGGAGAAACUGGGACUGACAAUUGACCGGGCUCGCCCCCCCCCACGGACCAACAGGCAGGUGGAUCUCUUUUAUUCCUAGCUCGGGUGCGAGUUCUGUUAUCUAAACGGAUGGCCAAACUAAUUAAAUCCUCCAGAGCCUUAGGCUCAUCCAACGUAGCGAGUAAAUCCUUGAUCUUGUCGUUCAGGGCGUUAUAAAAUGCACUUCUAAGGGCUGGAGAGUUCCAUCCAGAUGCAGCCGCUUUGAUACGGAACUCAAUGGCAAAGUCAGCCACGGAUUGAUGACCCUGCCUCAUUUCCAGUAGUUCCCGAGCAUCUGAACUUCUGUCUGGAUCGAUGUUAAAUGUUUGCUUGAACUCCCUCAAAAACUCGUCAAACGUGCAGCCAUAAACUGUAGAGGCCGAAAAUCGAGAUUCUGCCCAACCCAAAGCCUUGCCAGAUAAAUGGGAAAUGAUAAAUGAAAUCUUGGCGUCGUCAUGGGGAAACCAGUGUGGUGAGUGAUUAAAUAGAACCAUGCAUUGGAACAGGAAACCUCUGCAUUUACUCACGUCACCGGAGAAUCUUUCCGGGUUGGGUGGCCGACAUUCGGAAAACGAGGGACGGAGUACUCCUUCGGCGCUGGCACUGGGACUGGGUGCCGGCGCAGGGCUUGGGUCGGAAUUCUGCGGGCGGGAAGGCUGUAGAAACUCUGCUAUUUCUUCCAGGCGGGUGUUGGCCUCGAUCUGACGUCUAUUUAGCUCCUGCAAAGCUGCAUCGUGAUUUUGAAUUAGAGAGCUCUGUUCUUGCAAAGCUCUCCGAAGUGUGUCUGCUGGGGUUUGUUGGUGGCCAGAGUGUUCUGUCAUGGUGUGAUCAAUUCUCUGAACCCACAUGUGCAGAACACACUCCGGAGGCAGAUCAGGUAGGGAAAUUUAUUAGAAAAACAACGUGCAGAUAUGUACAGGUGAAGGUGAGAGGUCUCUCUCUUAUUCUCUCUGGCAGGGGCUGGAUCUCUGGGAUCUAGUGAGAACAGAAUAGGGUGAGUACAGGGGCGUGGGAGCCCUCAGUCCCUAACCCGGCUAUGGUCUUACUUGAGGAUUUACAGGGGAAAGCUCGGCUGGAGAUCUGGGACUGGUGGGCCCGCCAGGCCGGGGCUCAGGGAAGGGGGGUGGGCUGGUAAGCGGAAGAACAGGAAUCCAGGGUGGAAAAACCUUCCAGCCAGUAACUCGGGUCAGGCGGCCAAGGCGUCACGGAGGGGCAACCUGGGAAGAGGUUACACGAAAUUAGUUACUUCAAGAAACAGGUUGGUCAGAGGAUGGCUAGUAACAACAGAUACCAUAACUGGCUAACACUCUGGCACUGGAGUGUCGGCAGCUCCAUCCAGAUAUACUCCUCCAAAUGAGUCAGAUAUGUGUCAGGUGUGCAGCCGCGAAACCACGCCCCUCCAGGAACCUCCAGGAAGCCCCCUGGUGGAAAAAGUGGGAAAGAACCCCAGCCAGCCUUCCCCAGAUCCCAACAAAAUCUCAUAUGUGUGAUACUGAGAAACUGAGCGCAGUAACUAAAUGUACGCGUAGUUUUAGCUGAAACCUCGGCUGCCUGUAAACUAAAGCAGUUUUCGACGUGACGCUGUGUUUCCACUGCAGGGUGUUGGCCGAGUUUGAGCCACUUCCUGCUCACCUGCUGGACGAGCCUCUGCUCCUCUCCAUGGAAGACCUCUACAGAGUGAAGAAGGG